CACAUCAUGGGUCUGUCUUCUGCUUGCUUCACUGCUUUGGAUGCCAGUUUAUCAGUUGCUCUGCGAAUCCUCUGCACAGAGUGAGCAUCUAACAGGCAUCAUGAUUACAGCAGCAUUCCCAUUCAUCACUUUGUCAAUCAUCUUAGGCAUCAUAGACGGUGUCCUGAUCACUCAGUGGCCGAGGGGCAUCAUCAGUCCUGCGGGUUCAUCCAUUGACAUGCACUGCUAUCAGAAUGAAACCGAGUACGACUAUCUCUACUGGUACCAGCUGAAGGAGGGAGCUGGACCACGGCUGAUGGUGGUCUAUGUGGCUGGCACAGCAAACCACGAACCAGGUUUUAAUGCUGAAGACUUUGAGAAUUCGAGAUCGGGGAAAAAGCAGUGGUCAUUGAAAAUACAGAAUGUGCAAGAUGAUCAGGCAGUCAUGUAUUUGUGUGCUGCCAGUCUCCACAGUGGUGUGAACUACAACGAAGCUUACUUUGGCAGUGGUACAAAACUAACUGUUUUGGAACCUGGGAGGGACCCCGAACUCCCCAAGGUGGAGGUAUUGCCUCCUUCCACAGGUGAAGAGUGUGACAAGGAUGUUCAGUCCCAAAGGAAGACGGUGACCCUGCUCUGUGUGGCCAAAGACUUCUACCCUGACCAUGUGUCUGUGUCCUGGGAAGUCAAUGAUGUGGAGCGCAAGGAGGGAGUGGGAACGGACAACAAUGCCAUGUUGGACGGAAAGAACAAGACAUACAGCAUCACCAGCAGACUGAGGGUCCCAACAAAGGAGUGGAGAAAGUCUACAAACAAAUUCAGAUGUGUUGUCCAUUUUUUCAAUGGGAAAGAGACAGUCCCUAAAAAUGCCACUGUGGAUGGAAUUGCAUCUUCUGACGGCGUAGAGCCAGAGGAAUACAUGAGGAGUGCUCAAACGGCCAAGUUUGCAUACAGCAUCUUCAUCGCCAAGAGCUUCCUGUUCGGACUGUUCGUCCUAAUUUUUGUGACGAAGAUUUCAAAGGGCUCCAAUGGAAAGUGCUUCGGGAAUGUAGUCUUUGGAGAAGGGACCAAGCUGACGGUUCUGGAUCCAAAGGCAAACGUCACAAGGCCCACAGUUACGGUUCUGCCACCUUCUCCCAAAGAGAUCUGCAAUGUCACCAAGCCCGAUGGGAAAGUGACCCUCAUGUGUGCGGUGACAAACUUCUACCCUGACCACGUUACAGUGUCCUGGAAGAUCAACGACCAAGAAGUUACUGCUGGAGAUCAGAACGUUACCACUGGAGACCAGAAUGUUACCGCUCGAGACCAGAAAUUUGUCACUGGAGACCAGAAAGUUGUUGCUGGAGUGGGAACCGACGAAAGUCCUCUCCAGAACAAAGAAACGUUGAUGUACAGCAUCACUAGUCGCCUCCGAGUUCUAAAAUCGGACUGGCGAAACACCACAUAUUCCUUUACUUGUUCUGUCCAGUUCUUUGAUGGGACGAAUUAUGUUACUGUGACCGACACAAUUCAAGGGCAGCAUGGUGAGUGUGACAUGUAGGUCCUACAAAGAGAUGUAUUGCGGUUUUAUUGACAUAUGAAUUAUCAACAACACCUGCUAACCUUAUGAUUG